ACUCAAACGGAACGCACAUCACUCGUCUCAACAACAAUGGUGAGGCCCAAAGCCGCGAGCGCCGAGCGGAGGAGCGCCGCCGCCGCCGCCGGGAAGUUCAAGGGCGUGCGGAUGCGGAAAUGGGGGAAGUGGGUGGCGGAGGUGCGCCAGCCGAACAGCCGCGACAGGAUUUGGCUCGGCUCCUAUGACACCGCCGAGGAGGCGGCGCGUGCCUACGACGCCGCCGCCGUCUCCCUCCGCGGCCACACCGCGAAGCUCAACUUCCCCGACGACCCUCCCCGGAUUCAGCACGGCGUUCAUCUCACGCCGCCGGAGAUUCAGGUCGCCGCGUCCCGACACGCGCGCAGUAACUCGACGCCGGAGACGAAACAACCCGCCGUGGAAAAUAUCUUCUUCCCGCCGCCGCACGUGCCGCCGGAAGUCGGCGGCGGUUCUUCAUUUUGCGAUCAGUUUUCAGCCGAAGCUUGUUAUUUAGUUGGUCAAGAGAGAAGAGAUGAAGAUCAUCACACUGGAGCAGCACUAUCUCUAGAUUCUUCUCGUAUCGUCUGGAAUCUCUGAAUUGAAGAUUCUUCCAACAAAUAAAAAAAACAACAUUAGAAGUUAGUUACAUAGUUACCGUUAUAUAUAUCAACUGUCCACAGAACCCACGUACCAUUGGUAUUGUUUGGCGAUUUUAACAUACUAUUAGCGAAUAAUUAGCUACACAUACCAAAAUUUAGGUUGCCUGAUUUAAAUAUUAAAAAUAAAAUGAUUGAAAUUUUUUAUUGAU